AUGUAUCAGACGCUUUCCCAAAAGACGAACUCAAAGACGACGACUUGUGAGUCAACUUGGACAAUUGUUGGUUCAAUCGUCAAUUAUGUGCUCAUACGCUUGAUUGACAGAAAUUCCGGCCUACAAUUCGACAAGAACGCCGAAAAAAGGCUUCGAAGAAAGAUCGAUCUGCACAUCGUGCCUUUGGUUGCUGUACUAUACCUCUUCUGCUUCAUCGAUCGAUCCAAUAUCGGUAACGCCCGUCUCGCAAACUUCGAGGAAGACCUUGGCCUCCAAGGCAACGACUACAAUUUGGUUCUCUCUGUGUUUUACAUAUCUUACGCUCUCUUUGAGAUCCCAGCUACACUCCUGUGCAAAAUCAUGGGACCCGGCUGGUUUAUCCCCCUCACGACCUUCUUGUUUGGGAUCUGUACGGUUGGCACCGCUUUCGCCAACACCAAAGGUCGGAUAAUUGCUUGUCGCCUUCUCCUCGGCAUUUUCGAAUCCGGCAUGCUGCCUGGAAUUGCCUACUAUCUAUCUCGAUGGUAUCGCAGAGCUGAGCUUGCGUUCCGUUUGGGUAUGUAUAUCGUCAUGGCACCACUCUCGGGGGCUUUUGGAGGUCUCUUGGCUUCUGGGAUCCUCAGUCUCGAUCGCGUUGGGUCUCUCAAAGAGUGGCGAAUGAUAUUCGGCGUCGAGGGUAUCAUCACGAUUGGACUAUCCCUCGUUACUUUGGCUCUCCUCACAGACAACCCCAAUACUGCCCGUUGGCUUAACGAAGAAGAAAAGACGCUAGCUCUUGAUCGAGUCAAGUCGGAGCGCGUGGCUCAAGACAGGGUACUCGACAAGGUGAACGCGGCCAAGCUCAAGCGCGGAAUUCUCAAUCCUAUUACCCUUUCAACCGGCUUCAUUUUCCUUCUCAGCAACGUUGUCGUUCUCGGAAUCUCCUUUUUCCUACCCACGAUUAUCCGCACCAUUUAUCCGGACCAGACAAGAGUUCACCAGCAACUGCUAACAGUGCCUCCUUACAUUGUUGCGAGCUUUUGCUUCCUCCUGGUCUCGUGGCUCGCAACGGUCUACGAUACUCGACAGAUCUUCCUUUUUCUCAGCGGUCCGCUGGUUAUGGUCGGCUACGCAAUUCUCCUCAAGAGUACAGAUCCUACCGUACGAUAUGCUGCAAUCUUCUUGACUGCAAGCUGUGCCUUUUUCGGUGGUUCUCUAUCAAACGCCCAAGUCAGCGCCAACACCGACUCUGAUACAGCUCGUAAUAUCGCCAUUAGCACUAACGGCGUGUUUGGAUAUCUUGGAGGUCUUAUUGCGACUUGGACUUAUCUUCCAUGGGAUGGGCCCAUGUACCCGAUUGGAAACGGGCUCAACCUGGCGGUCUCAGCGGUCAUCUCCAUAACUUCGUUGACCUUCCUUUGGUGGAUGAAGAUGGACAACAAACGACGUGAUGAAAAGACCCCAGCAGAGAGGGAGGAGGAAUUGUCCGGCCUAACUCGAGAGCAAAUCUCUGAUCUCGAUUGGAAGCAUCCUGACUUCAGGUGGCGACCAUAA